CUCUGCCUAGGUUAACUCUUAGCCCUUUUGUGUGGCUGCAUUUAAGCUGAAUCGGGUCUUUCUGCAACUCAGCAUUUUAAGCAGAUAAUCAAAGAGCAUGCAGUACUUUACAUUCUUUUGUUCUCUAUUUUUGCUCCUCUUCUUUAGCAGUUCCCUGGUUUUGUGUUAUGACGAGCCACUUUACGACUCUUCUGCUUAUACGCAAUGUAAACUGCACCCUGAGGAGCCACUUUACAACGGUGGUAUCCUCAAAGAUCAAGUUCCGAAUUCUCUACAAAGUAUUCUGGAUAAUGGAGAUCAAGUUUCUUACCCGACAUUUUUAUUGCAAAACCUCACCGAGGGCAACAGAUAUUGUUUUUCAGUUUGGAUCAAAAUAAAGAAUGCAGAUUCAGCUCUUGUAAGGGCUAGUCUCGUGAUGGAAGACACUAACCUAAGUUGCAUAGGAACUGUUAUUGCCAAGCAAGGUUGCUGGUCAUUUCUCAAGGGUGGAUUUGUGUUGACAUCAUCAUCAAGAUUCUCUAAGCUAAAUCUUCAGGAUUCAGCUGGUAGGGAUUACAACAUAGAGAUUGCAAGUGCUUCUCUGCAGCCAUUCACCAAGGAGCAAUGGGGGUUGAAUCAGCAGACUAAAAUCUACAAGGAAAGGAAGCGUGCAGUUAUUAUCCAUGUCUCGGACAGGCACGGAGCCAAAUUGCAAGGGGCGGAAAUUACGGUAGAGCAAGUUUCAAAAGAUUUCCCAUUUGGAUCUGCUAUAGCAAAGACCAUCAUUGGAAAUUCACACUAUCAGAAAUGGUUUACAGAAAGAUUCAAUGCAGCAGUUUUUGAAAAUGAGCUCAAGUGGGAUGCAACAGAACCCAAGCCGGGGCAAGUCAACUACACGAUACCUGACCAGAUGCUCGAAUUUGUUCGAGCAAAUCAAAUUAUUACUAGAGGCCACAAUAUCUUCUGGGAGAACCCCAAGUCAUCACCGCAAUGGAUUCUUAAUCUAUCAAGCCCUGAUCUUCAAUCAGCUGUCACCUACAGAAUAGAAAGUCUUAUGAGCAGAUACAAAGAAGAAUUUAUUCACUGGGAUGUUAGUAAUGAAAUGCUUCAUUUCGACUUUUACGAGCAAAGGCUUGGACCGAACGCCACACUGCUGUUCUUUGAGAAGGCACAUCAAAUAGAUCCAUUGGCCACACUUUUCAUGAAUGAAUAUAAUGUGGUGGAAACUUGCGAUGAUGUUAAUUCCACAGUGGAUACCUACAUAUCAAGAAUGAUAGAGCUAAAGAAAGGUGGUGUAACAAUGGAUGGAAUUGGACUUCAGGGUCAUUUCAAUGUGCCAAACCCUCCCCUAAUGAGGGCUAUCCUUGACAAAUUGGCUACUCUUGGCCUUCCAAUUUGGUUAACAGAAGUUGAUAUCAGCAAACAGUUCAGUAAGGCAAGUCAGGCUAUUUAUCUAGAAGAAGUUUUAAGAGAAGGCUUUUCACAUCCUGCUGUCAAUGGGAUAAUACUUUGGACAGCCCUCCGCCCAAACAGUUGUUAUCAAAUGUGCCUAACUGAUAAUGACUUCAAUAAUCUGCUGGAAGGUGAAACAGACGAAUAUGGUUCAUACAGCUUCGCCGGUUUCUUGGGUGAGUACAAGAUUACAGCUAAAUAUGGCAACAACUUAGUGAAAUCAACAUUCUCUGUUAGUCAAGGUGAAGAAACCAGGAAUUUUAACAUUCAAUUGUAAUAACAUAAGUGAUUUUUAAGAAAUUUAUUGCAAUAGAAGUAUCUAUCUGGUUGACAAUGUAGAACGUUAGAAGAAUUAAUAUGUCAUGAUACAGAAUGAAAUUCUAUCUAUUAAUGUAUUCAUUCUAAGAUAUAUCAGCAGCUUAGUCGAGCUUUUAGCUGAUG